UGAGGUUUAAUGCGACAUCGAAAGUACGGCUGGAGACGUAAAGUCAGCUUCACUUGUUCCUAAUUGUAAGUUAGAAUUUUAUUGCCGAACGAAUUGGUCGGUGCCCGAACGUUGCUGUAGAAUAAAGUUGAUAAAACAUUGGUAAAUCUCGAUCUAACAACCAGAUAUUUACUUUGGGAGUUUGGUGAAAACACAUAUCGCAUUCAUUCACUGAUUGCAUCCGAAAACGAAUAUGAGAUGGCAUUGGCAUUGAAGAUAUAUUAUCAGUAUAUUUAUCAUCAUUCACAGACAAAAGGAAGAUAUUAUACAGAGGCGCUAAAACUUUCUCUCUAUUAAAUUUAACUCUAAGUUACUGAGAGUUAGUUCUUCCGACUGGAACAUUGCUCUUCAUUUCUGUAGAAAGUCAAUGGGAAGAUUUUGUAUUCCAGUUAAAUUUGGACAGAUUUAGAAAAUAGUUUACUACUGUUUUCUGAUUCCAACAGAGAUUAAAAGUUAAUGGAAACAGUGCAAUGGAAGGGUUUUCAUUGGAGCAGUAAUAAAUAGAUAGAGGGUGAAAUACCAAUAUAACUGUUGUGUGGAAAAAAAAUUUAGAGACGAAUGGAUUCUCCUGAAGAAUUGCCAAAGAAGGUAGGAAAAUCGUCGUAUCAUUGUGAUAUCUGUGAAAAGACGUUCUCUCUAAAAAGCAGCCUCACAAAUCAUAAACGUAUUCACGCAGAAGAGAAACCAUACAACUGUGAUAUCUGUGGUAAAUCAUUCACCAUAAAAAGAAACUUCACCGAACACGGAUAUACGCAUACAGGGGAGAAACCUCAUAUCUGUGAUGUCUGUGGUAAAUCAUUCCCUCGGUUGAGAACGCUAACUACUCACAAACGCAUUCAUACUGGAGAGACCCCGUAUGAAUGUGAUAUCUGUGGUAAAUCGUUCACUUUGAGACGAAACUUUACCGAACAUAGACAUAUGCAUACAGGGGAGAAACCACACAACUGUGAUAUCUGUGGUAAAUCAUUCUUGCGCAAACAUACCUUAAUUACUCACAAGCACAUCCAUACCGGGGUAAAGCCCUACAAAUGUGAUACCUGUGGUAAAUCAUUCUCUCUGAGAGGCCACUUAACUGGUCACAAACGUAUUCAUACAGGUGAAAAACCAUAUCACUGUGAUAUCUGUGGUAAAUCUUUCACUCAAACAUGCCAGUUGACAUUACACAAAAGACGCGUGCAUACGGGAGAGAAACCCUAUCCCUGCGAUAUCUGUGGUAAAUCUUUCACCGAUGGAAGUGCAUUAACUGUUCAUAAACGUAUUCAUACUGGGGAAAAACCGUAUCACUGUGAUAUCUGUGGUAAACCGUUCUCAUACAGAAGCACGUUAUCUGUUCACAAACGUAUUCAUACUGUGAAAAAAACAUCACUGUAAUGUUUGUCUGUGUAUGGCAGGUUUGGUAGCCUUCAACUAACACUAUCUCCUCCAAGACCCUGCGGCGCAAGUUGACCAAAA